AUGACUAGAUUGAUAGUUAAUGCGCUAGGGGUACAUAACCAAUCUGACACCGAGGAAUAUUCAAGAUUUAUAUUCUACAAUGAAGUUUUUUCUGGUCUUUCUGUGGGAUACUUGGUUCCUAUGUUAUUUUUAUACUCAUUACCGGGACACACUAGCGAUAUUUUGAUCUCAUCAGUUAAAAGGCCUCAUGGAACGUUAUUAAUUGUAUGUGAUAGCGAUCACAUGUGUCAUGAUAUUUCUCACCUAAUCCUGAUCUUAAAACCGUCAUUGCAUUAUUUUGUUUUGGAUUCAUUAUUGUCCCAAAAACUUGAUUAUAAAGCUGACCCCGGUAGUAGCAGGAAGCAUCAGAACAGGAACACUGAACAGUUCUUGCUUAAUCUUGCGCAGGAAAAACUUAUUUCCGGUAAAAAAGCUGAUAUAAUAAUUGCGUCUUAUAAUAGACUGGAAAAAUUACUCUCCGAAAGGUACGACCUUGCCAUUCAAAUCCUGGACGAUAUUUCAUGCCUGGUUAUCGAUGACAUAUCUAAAAUAAUAUCUUUUCGUGAUGUCUGCGACUACCACUUAACAAAAGUUUUAAGAAAACUGGAGAAAUUAAGGACAAAAAAGCCUCUGGAUACUAAAUUUGCGCACAAUUUUCACAUUUUAUGCAUAACUAAUUCUUUAUCUAGAGAGGUUUUGGAUUAUUCAAAGAGGUUUCUCACCAACUUUUGGCUCUACAACUUCAAGCUUGGUACAAAAGAAAGGUUAUUACACGAUAAUAUCGGUGAUGUUUUGAAGCUUGGUAUUGAUUUUGGUGAUAUUAAAAGAAUAUUAACUUUAGACAGUGAAGACAAUUCAAAAGUACAAAAUUGUGGUAUGGAACAUAGUUUUUGUAAGUUAAACAAGAAACAAACAUCUGAUAGAGUAAAAAUUUUGAAGCAUCUUGUCUUUUCUUAUCUUGACUUACCAACAUUUGCAGCUCCACAGUUCUUACCACCAAAUAUCAAAAAUCCUAUUCCAAAUAAGAAAUGUAUUGUUUUUGCUUCGAAUAGGCAGCAACUGAACUAUUUAUCCAACUUACAGGAGUUUUCCAGCAGUUGUGUUUGUUUGGGGAAACACUUGGAUGUUUAUGAGAGAGCAAAAUCCCUGGCUAAUUUCGCCAAUGGUAAAAGGCCUAUUAUGUUCGCAACGGAUUCUUCUAUUUUUGGAUGUGAGUUUGAUGAUGUAGCAUAUAUAAUAAACUAUCAUCCACCAAAAACCUCCGAAUCGUACGUGUAUAGAGCAGAGAUGGCCUCUAAGAAUACCAACGCAAUUUGUAUAACAUUAUAUGACAAUGAUCAAUAUAAUACCAUUAGUUCAAUUAUAGGGGAUCUUAAAAUAGAGGUUUCUAUACACACUGUGCCAUCAAAGGAGUAUAUGCUCAGACAUGAUUUGAAAUGGCUCAAAAUAUUCACUUCCAAAAUGAUUAAUUCUAGCAAAAACAUUCUGCUUCCAUACAUUUCGUCGGCAGAAACAUUAAUUAAAAAGUACGGGGAUGACAUUAUCUACAAAUGUAUUCAGUUGAUAGUUGGAAGAAAUGACCUGCAGUUUGUAGAGAUCAGUGAAGGACAUAUGCAUACUACUUCAAUUUUGUCCGGAAAAAGAGGAUAUACUGCUGUCCUACUAAAUGCAUCCACAGGAAUUAUAACUGAUGAAAAAGAUAUUAGGGCUAUGAUUACACGAUUCAUACCUGAUUAUAAAGGAGAAAAUAUAAUCGGAUCAUGGCAUAAGAUAGACACAGGAUUCAUUGUUGAUGUUUCAAAUAGAUAUUUGGGAUGCCUAUUAGAUGCUACAAAAAAUAGCUCAGAGAUUUCAGUUGAAGUAGCAACAAGUGUCCCAAAGAUUGUAUUAACACCCACACGACGGAAAAGCAAAAAAUAUACUGGAAGAUUACCCUGGAAUGCAACUAAAAUUAGAAGACUUCCCAGUACAAAAUGUAAUAUAAAGCUUUAG